AUGGAUACCAGGCGGUCAGGCCAGGUGGUGCCCUAUCGAUUGCGCUGUGACCACGAGCCACUCAGCAACAGAAUGGGUCCGCCUGAGUUCUACGCGCCCAACGAGGGGGACAUGGAGGAGGUGAUGACGCCCAGAGUCAUACAGCACGGCUACAGAGAAACUGUCCCAGGAGUCGACGUGAGUCUCCCCUUUCUGUCCCCCCCUGGCUCCAUAUCUGUCCCUUCCCCUCGUGCCCUCCCCGUUCCGCUCCCCCUCCCCCGCUCCUUCGUUUCCCUCUUCGCCUCGCCCCUUCCCCCCCUUCUUCGUUCCCCGUCUUCCCCUCGCCACCCGCGCUUCCCCAAACCCGUUUUCGUCAAAGUUCCACGUGUUCGGUUGGAUGCCCAGCUUUGCCGGAAGGCUAUGCACAAGUGCCUUAGAGCACUUAACAACUCUCUGGUCCGCAAGCGCAAGACGGGGCAAGUGUAUGGAAUGCCUUUGUCAGGAGCCAUGCUUACUCGUGCUGGGGCCUUCCCAGAGCAAAAGACAUUCUCAGAAGAUGCACGUCGCAAGUGGAUAGAGGACCUGUCUGGUCGCAAGCGGCUGCGUGUGCUUGGAGACGCAGUGCCCCACGGGCUGCGCAAGAGGCAGCUGCUGGAAGCAUUGGUGCAGCAGAGGGUGCCCAUGGCGCGGGCUACCUGGUACAUACGCUGCGUGCUGCUCAACCAGGUUCGUCCGGCAGGAGGGCCGGGUGGUGGUGGUAGUGGCGCCAGUGGCUUAGGUGGCAGCGGCAGCAGCAGCCUAGGCGGCGGUGGCGGCCUGGGUAGCAGCAACGCGGAGAGGCAGCAGGUGAAGCGAACAGACCACUGGACGGCUGAUCUGCUAGAGUUUGCCAAGCAGGUGUUAGAGGAGGUGGCUUCUGGGACAGGUACAGCUGCUGCUGCUGCAGCCAAUGCAGCGCCAGGUGGUUCUGGCAGUGCUUUUCUCGGUAACACAGCUGCAGGCACUGCUGCUGCCGCCGCCGCCGCCGCCGCCGCCGCCGCCGCUGCUGCUGUUUCUGGAGUUGCUGGGGUGGCUGGAGCGUCUGGUGCUGCUGGUGCAUAUGCCCAGAGCCAGGACAGCACAUGGGGCGGAGUGUGGGGCUGGGGUGGAGAAGCGGAAGGGGAAGGGGAUGGGGCGGGGGAAGGAGUGGGGGAGGGCGCGGAGUGCGAGGCGACAGGUCGGUGGGAGUACAUAUGUCGAUUGUUAAUGUGGCAUUUGUGUGAAGGGCUGGUGAGCCGAACCAUCCUGGUUGACUGGUUGCUGAGACAGCUGCAGGAGAAGGAGAGUCUUCUAGUUCUCUCCUGCCUCAUGCCUCUGCUGCUGGAGCUUGUACCCGUUAUAGCCAUGUCCCAGGCGCAUCUACGGGCGCUGGUAGACGCGUGCCUGUCCUGGAUUGACCUUCUGCCUCACGCCUUGCCUUCGUCUGUGCCUCCUGCGGCAAGUGGGGCAGAAGCAGCGCCGAUCCCUGCAGCACUCGCAGGGAACCGCACACAACCUCAGAAGAAGCAGCUAUACCAGCAACAGCAGCAGCAGCAGCACCAGCAGCAGCAGCAGCAGCAGCAGCAGCAGCAGGCAUCACAGGCGCCAUUUCCUUCCCAGAACCCCACAUCACCGCCCAUCUCCCCUCUCACUCCGCUCCAGCCCCUCUCAGGUCCCUCCACUCCCAUGGACGUAUUCUCCCCGCUCUCGCCCCCUGCCCCAGCAGCAGGCCCCGCUGGUGGUGGUACUGGCGGAGCAGGGGCAGGGGCAAGCGGGGGAGGGGGACCUAGUGGCGGUGGUGGUAGGGUGGACUUGGAUGGGCACGUGCAGGGGAAGGGCUCCUUUCCAGGGUCAGAGGAGACGCAUGCGCUGGCCCUAUGUCUUGCCGGUGUAGUGAGGAUUCUCCUCGUGACUGCCCCAGACUCGUUUGUGGGCCUCAACUGCUUCCCCCUGCCGCCUCUGGUCUCCUAUGCUGCUCCUGCUAUGGCCAAUUUACCGCCCAUGGAUCAGCUCUUUCCCUCACCAGCCGCUGAAUCUACACUCCAGCCGCCUAGUCAGUCCCAAUCGCACGCCCAGACUGUAUCUGAAAACGCCCAAAUUCCAUUCGGAAACAACAACCAACCUGUUGCUAUGCCAGUCUAUACUCCUCAACCAUCCCAGUCACCGGGUGAAGCAGGUGGUGAGGGUGCCGCGAGUGCUCCUGGGCUGGAUGCAGCUCUUGCAAGCAGUGUCAACCCGUGCGUUCUGCGCACAAACGAGGGGAAAGUGGGAGAGGAUCUGGAGCGAGCGUUGCGAGGGCAUGAUGUGGAGGGAGCAAUAAGGUCUCUGUUCCUGGAUGGGGCGUUUAGUGAGCUCUGCUGCGCUUCUCUGGGCGUCGUCAGUGGCCGAAACGCGUCAUCUGCAUCAUCCUCAUCGUCAGCAGCAGCAGCAUCAGCAGCAAGAAGGGGAGGAGAAGGAGGAAGGGGAGGAGCAGCAGCAGUGGGAGCGGACCUGCGAAUGGGGGAGGGUGAAAGAGCAGUAGGAAGGGAGGGUGCAGGGGUGGAAGGGGAAGACUCUCAGGCUGCAAGGAGGGUGGGCUGGAGGAGGGAGUGGAUGGGGGGUGACGCGGUUGCGGUGUGCUUUCUUUUGGAAUGGGUUGUUACUGGUGGGGGAGGGGGGCGGCCUCAAAGCUUCCUGCCGCCCAGCUUGCCUUCCCUUUCCCAACCGGCUGUAGCAGACCUUGCUGCUGAUGCAGGUGCCAGUACGGAUCAGUUCUGCACAGUCAGCAGCAGCGUACCUACAGGGAUGGCUGAGCGGGAGGGAGGGGCGGCGGGUAGGGAGGGGGAAGCGAUGGAACAUGACGGGUUUGAGGCAGAGAAGGAUGAGGGGCAGGAGAAAGAGGAGGGUUCGGAGGAGGAGGAGGAGGAGGAGGAGGAGGAGGAGGAGGAGGAGGAGGAGGAGGAGGAGGAGGAGGAGGAGGAGGAGAGGGAGGAAGAAGCGGAAGGACAAGGAUGUGGGGAAAUGAGGAUUGAAAACGGUAAGAAUGUUUUGGAGGCAGAGGAGGAGGUUACAGACGUCGGCCUUCACGACUUGAUACUGGAGUGGCUGGAGAAGCGAUACUGUGUUGUGGUAGGAGGUCCGGGUGGGGCGAAGCAGAGGCGGCAGCUGCUGCACGCGCUGUUGUGUGAGCUAGUACAGCAGGGGCUGUUUGGGCCAGUGCUUUAUAUGAAGCAACUGUUAGCUGAUGGUCGAUUGGAGCCUCCUGCUGUUUCAGCUGCUGGGAGGGCGCCAGCAGCAGGAGCUGGAGCAGGAGCAGGUAGAGGAGCAGGUUUUGCUGCGUGGACCGUGGCGUUGCAAGGGCAGGCGUGGGAGCGGUUUUGGGGAACGCAGAGUCACCGGGAGUGCUUGCACCUGCUGCCACACCCGCCGCAGUUGAUGCGCCUGCUUGCUGCUUGGGUGAAAGGAGGGAAGGGAGUGAAAGGAGUGAGAGGAGUGAAAGGAGUGAGAGGAGUGAGAGGAGUGAAAAGAGUGAAGGUAGUGAAAGGUGUGAAGGGAGUGAAAGGAGUGAAGGGAUUGAAGGGAGUGAAAGGAGUGAAAGGAGUGAAAGGAGUGAGAGGAGUGAAAGGAGUGAAAGGAGUGAAAGAAGUGAAUGGGAGACCUCGACGAACAUCUGAUGGCAAGCUGGGUGCAUGCGAGAUUCGGGAGGUACGUGAGUUAGAGAAGAGCAAGCAGCCGGGGAAGGCGAAGAAUGCGGUGCAGAAGAAGAUGAAGACGAAGAAGGGAAAGAAGGCACAGCAGAAGCUGCAGCAGGGUGAAGGAGUUGGUGUGAAGUUUGAGGCAAAGCCAGGGAGGAAGAGGAAAAGAGCGGAGGGUGGGGAGUCAGCAGUAAGGACGGAAGGGCAGCUGGUGAAGAAACGCCGGAAGAUGGUGGGAUCCGAGGGAAGGCAGAAGAAGAGAAGGCGGUCGGAGGAGAAUUCUAGUAAUGAGAAGAUGUGUGCUCAGGGACAGAAGGCUGGUAAAGUGGUUGGGAAGGGAGGGAAGAGGGAAGUGAAGAAGGUGGGGAAGGAGAGGGGAUGUGUAGGGAAGAAGAAAGGGAGAGUAGGGAGAGUAGUGAAGCAGGAGCUGAUAUCAGGAAGACAGAAGGUGCAGGUUGAGGAGCAAAGAGAGAAAGUAGGGAAGUCGAAGUUAGGAAAGCGAAAGAUGGAAUUAGGGAAGCAAAAAGCGGAACCAGGAAAGGAAAAGGCGGAAUUAGGUAAGCGAAAGGGCAAGGUCGGGAAGCAGAAGGGCAAGCUAGGGAAGCAGAAGAAGUUAGGAAAUCAAGAGGCGGAAUUAGGGGAGCAAAAGGGCAAGGUAGGGAAGCAAGAUGACAAGGCAGGGAAGCAGAAGGGCAGGUUAGGGAAGCAGACGAAGUUAGUAAUGAAAAAGGCAGAAUUUGGGAAGCAAAAAGGCAAGGUAGGGAAGCGAGAUGAGAAGGUAGGGAAGCAGAAGAAGUUAGAAAAGCAGAAGGGCGGAUUAGGGAAGCUGAAGGGCAAGGUAGAGAAACGAAACGCGAAGGCAGGGAAGCAGAAGGGUACUAUAGAGAGACGGAAGGCUAAGGUAGGAAAGCAGAAGGCUAAGGUAGGAAAGCAGAAGGCUAAGGUGGGGAACCGAAGUGCCAAGGUAGGGAAGCAAAGUGCCAAGGUAGCUGCUCCUCCUCCUCCUCCUCCUCCUCCUCCUGCUGCUGCUACUGUGGGGGAGAUGUUUUCCUUUCAUAGAGUUGAGGCACGGAUUGGGAAAAACGUCUCUGGUGUGUGGAUAAACGAGAGUGUGAGAGCAGAGGAAGACAAGCAGCCAGAUACGGUCCGGGAGGAGCAAGAGCGAGAGCAGGAGCAAGGGGAGGAGGACGAGGAGGCCUGGUGGCAGAACGAGCGUAUCCGGAGUCAAUGGGAGAGGGACGGGGCGAACAAGGGAGGAGGGAAACCUCGAGGCAAAGCGCACACAGGACUAGUGAAGCAGGAAGCGGGUGAGAGAGGAAAGAGUUCUGGUGAUGCGUUUCAAGAGGAGCUGGGAAAGGGUAACCAGGCCGCAGGAGAGGGAAGCAAGAGUGGGUCGCAGUGGCAGUGGCAGGGGCAGUGGCAGGGGCAGUGGCAGGGGCAGGGGCAGGGGCAGGGGCAGGGGCAGGGACAGUGGCCGGGCCAAGAAACGCUAGACGGAAGGGGCAUGAGAACAGGCGCACGCGCACAUCAUAUGACUCAUGCUCACCAACAGAAUCUCCACCCGGAUCACAUGCAUGGGUCAACCAAGCCCUUCCCAACAGCCAAGCUUGACUGUGCCAAAGUCUUGGUGCGCAAGCUGCCGUCUUGGCGCUCAGUUACCAAAGCCCUGAACCGGCUCUCUCCGCGCGACCGCCUCUGUCUCACCCUCCGGCUCACGUCCGCGCUUGUUGGAUCUCUCCCUACAAGGUUCUCUCCUGACCAAAUCCUGCAGGGACCUGUAGGGGUGGUGUUGAGCUGGGUGGAGGAGGAGACUCAGGUGUUGGAAGCAGCGGCUGCAAAAGCUGUGUCGACUGCUGACGCUUUAGUAGCGGCAAAAGCAGCGGCGGCAGAAGCUGCAUCGAAAGCAGAUGGAAAGACGGGGAAGAAUACUAAGAGUGGGCGGGGCAGCAGGGGUUCUCGUAGGGGAGCGAACGCGACAAGAGAGCUGGCGGCGGCUGCUGCUGCCACUGCAGCAGCUACAGCAGCUGCAGCGGCUGCAGCGGCUGCGGCUGCUGCAGUGGCAGCAGCAGCUGCUUCCCCGGCUCCUUCACCCUUCACUGCCCCUUCUCCUUUCAUGGCCCCCUCGCCUCUAUUUGCGCCGUCCCCGCUAUUCUCUCCUUCUCCUCUCUGCAGCACUCCGUUCUAUAACGCGGAUUCUCCUGCUCCUGCUUCUAGGGAAUCUCUUGACGGGACGGUAACCGGAGCGAUAGCAGGCGAGCACUCCGGAACAGGUGCAGGAGCGGCCGGGAUGGGUGCAGAGGAGUGGGUGGUGGGAGAGGAGGAGUUACAGCAGGUGCUGUAUGUCCUUGAUACGUGCUCCGAUUACCGUAACCUCACGAGAUUUCUGCUCAUUGUUUUGGCCCUAGCCCGCUCCAGCGAGCAUAGGGGCACCGUGGGGGCAACAGAGCAUGCACUGCUGCAGACCCAACACCCCGCGGAAGGCCAGGUGCACGGGGGGAAUGCACCUGGGUAUGGGACUGGUGGUGGGGUCAGUGUGUUCUGCAUUCGUCCGGGUUUUGAGGCUGGUUUGACUGGUGGACCGUGGGGGGUGUCUCGUUUUCAGGGGACUGCGAGCACAGCAGCAGCCGCUGCAGCAGGAGUAGGAGGUGCAGGAAGUUUGGGGGGAGUGGUUAGCAGUGGGAUCAGCAACAGUGCUGGUGCUAACGGUGAGGAGACUGCUGCUGUUGCUACUGGUGGCGGUGGUGGCGCUGGGUUGUGUACAGGGUUUCCUGUCUCGGAAAGCAUUCCUAUUCGAGGCUGUGUGGUUGUUAAGUCUUGUGUGUUAGUAGCUUGCCUGGAGCGGUAUGAGUCGAUUUUUGUCUCCCUCGCGCAAUUGCCAUCCCUCCUCUCCCUGCUUCUUCUCAAGGCAAGACAGUCCCUAGCCUUUUGUGCAGUGCAGCAAGUCACUCCCUCUGUUGCUGCUGCUGCUGCUGCUGCUGCUGCUGCCGCUGCUGCAGCUGCAGGUGGCAUAGGCCCUACCCCAGGUGUACCUACCCCUGGUGCUUCUUUUGUAAGCCACCAAACGGGAGGGGGAGGAGCAGCAGCAGCAGCAGCAGCAGCAGCAGGAGGAUGGGGUGGAGGGAGAGGAGGAGAGAGCGGCCCACAGGAGCAAGGGGAGGAAUCGGGCUUGUUUGUCAUGGAUGGGGGGGACGACAGGGAUUUGCACCACCUAACGGAUUUCAUUGGGCGGUUAUUGCAGCGCUAUGCAUCGUCCUCUCCUGAAGUGAAGGAAUGGGAGGUGGCUGCUAAGGAACAGUCGCAACCGCAGCUGUGGGCUCACAUUGAUGCCGCGAGAAAGCGGGCUGUGAUGGAGGAGGAAGGGAGGGAGGUUGCGGGGAGGGAAGUGGUUGGAGGCGACACAGAGCGGUUCGGGGUGUCGGGGCCUGGGCUGGGAAAGAGUGGGGGUGCGGGUGGGAAAGGGGGCUUCGGAGAGGGGGAGGCAGGUGCAGUGGAAGCGUCGUUAGAAAGUCAUUUACGAGACGUAUUGCAGAGAUUGCAGUUGGAGGACAAGGAGGAGGAGGCGGCAGAGGUGGAGGAAGAGGAGAAAGAGGAGGAGGAAGUGGAGAAGGAGAAACGGGGAGGCGUAGAGCGGGACAGGGUUGAGAAGGCUGGUGGAUUUGGCGGGGAGGAUAGGUGGGGGAAGCGUGGUUUUGAUGAUGGGAUGGGUUGGGAGCACGCAAGGCUAAGUGCGGUGAAGGAGGAAGAAGGGUGGGGUGGGGCGUAUGGCACUGCUGCUGGUGGUGGUGGUGGUGCUGCUGCUGCCGCGGGAACCGAAGCUAAAGCUGCUGGUAAUAUGUCAGGGAGGAGAAGGAGGAGCGAGAGAAAGGCUGUGGAAGAGGACUGGGCAGUGAGGAAAGCGAGGAGGAGGUGUGUGAUAGGAGCGGUGACCAAGGAACUGCGGGACGUGUGUGUGGAGUAUGGAGGCAAGGGAGUGAGUGAGAGUGAGCUGUAUAGUGCACUGGCAUGUGCCGUGAUUGCAGGGGCCAGUGAUUCAGUCAGGCGAGUCUUUGAGAGACACGAUAAUAAGCAUCGUCGGCCAAAGAAGGGACUGGGAGUGAGGGGAAGGGAAGGGGAUGCAAAGACGGCGGGAGGGGCGGCAGACUGUCGGCAUAGGGGCAGGAGAAGCACAUGUGUAGGAGGGCUGUGUGAGAGGUGUGAGAGGGGGGAGAGAGUUAGUGUUUCUGUGGCUGCCAGUGCAAGGCAGCGUGUUCUGGAGCAUCUGCAGUGCCUGCAGCUACUGGUAUCGGUACUCCCCUCGCAAUCUGCCCGCCUGCUAGAAAACGCCCUGAUUCAUUCUGCAGGGGAGGCUGUGCGAGCAUCGUGUGGGAGUCAAAGGGGCCCUACCAGUGCCCCUCCUGCCUCCGCUGCUGCUGCUUUCACUGCUGGCUUCACUGGUCUCAGCAGUGAUGGUGGCGGCGGCGGCGGUGGUGGUGGUGCUGCGGUUGGAAGGGCAUAUACCUCUGGUGCGUAUGGGACGUUAUCCCCGGUAACACCUGAUCUCCUCCCGCCUCUGGCACAGGGUAGAAAGGGCACCUCCUCCCUCGCAGUCACAGGUGAGAGAUACGGAGGUGGCGCAGUGCAGAGUGGGGCUUCUGUUGCAGAAGGGGCAGUGAAAUCCGCAGGUGAAGGUGCUGGUGGGGGAACGGAAGCAACCUGCAGGGUGAAGGCUGAGGAGGAGCAGGAAGGAAGGGGCGGGAGCGGAGGCAUGGAGGGAGUGGAAGGAGGAGAGGGUGGAGGUUGGGCAAAAGGGGAGGACACAGAUGGUCAAAUGGGCCGUUCGGGGCAAGCAGAAGAGGGGUUAGGGUUUAGUACAGAGGGUGAUGGUCAGCCGGGAGGGCAGAGAGAGGGGGGAAGGGAAGAAGUGGAGGCAGAGGGGGAGGGUUUAUCCAGGCUGGACUGGAGCGUGGAGGUGGAUCUGGGGGUGGCGUUAUCUGUUGUGGCUCUGGGCACUGUUCAUGGGCUGGUGUCUCUGCCUCGUGCUGUGGCGUCCCUGUGUGCGCCUCAUACCCUUGCGCCGUCAGUAAGGGCCAGACUGCAAUGCCUUUCUCCAAGCGAUUUGCUGCAGGUGCGAGAAGUUGAGGAGGGUGCUGUUGAGACAGCCACUGCUGCUGCUGCUGCUGCUGCUGCUGCUGCUGCUGCUACUGCUGCUGCUGCUGCUGCUGUUCCAGUUGCUGCUGGCGCAACGGAGGUAACAGGAGCAGCAAGGGCGACAGAGGCAACAGCAGCAGCGGGUGUUCGAGUUGCUGCCAGUGCUGCAGCCAAAGAGCAGGCGGACUCUCCAGUGGUUUCAAGGGGUGCAGUGCGGUUGAGGCAUGUGGGAAGCACCAAGGAAGAAUCCCACAGUAUCAGGACACGAGGCGCGGAUCGGUCCCUUGGCCCAGCAGCAGCAGGCUUGGGUUUGGCUAACCCUCUUUCUAGACAGUCAUCCAUAGUUAAGCUCAGACAGGGGCGUAGAAGCUCCCGUUCGGGUGCGAGAGAGCACGAGAGGGGGGGACCGGGCGUUGCGGGGCGGCAGCAGGUGGUGGGAGGGGAGGGCAAGGAGGAGGACGAUGAGGGGGAAGGGGAGGAGGAGCGGUGGCAGUGUGAUGUGACUCAGCUUCUGUGGCUGCGUGUGCUGCUUGGAUCACACCGGCAAGAGCUGCAGAAGAAGACGGAGAAGGAGAGGCAGGGCCGGCGGCUGGCACUCCAUCGCAUGCAGACCUCUCUCCUCUCCACCCGCUUCCUCUUCUUCUCUGUAUAUCCCCUCUUUACUGCUGCGCUGCAUGCACGUGCAGCGCACAGGGCAGCAAAGGAGGUGGAAAGGAGGGGAAGAAGGGAGGGGGGAGAGUCUUCCAAGGGAGAGAUGAGGCAGGAAGAAGGUCAGUUAGGUGGUGGGGAGGGAAAGGGGCCUGAGGAGAGGGGUCACGGUGGAACAUCCAUGGAUGUUGACCUUGCAGUGGGGGAAGAGGUGCAGGAAAAGAAGCUCAUAUCACACGGCAGGCACAGGGCACGGAGAGAAGGGGUUGAACAAGAGCAACGGAAACGAGGAGAGAAGGGAGCAUGGGGAGAAGGGGAGGAGAAAGAGGAACAGGGAGCUUGCAGGCACAGCACGGGCAGGAGGACGCCGGACGGGAGGGAGCAGGUUGUGGGGGGGAGCGGAGGGCUGGGUUGGGAAAGGGAGGUGCAUGGAGUGGAGGGUGUGGGGCGAGGGGUGGGUGAUGCGUGGAGGAACGGAGAGCAGCAGGUGCUUCUGAUGGCUCUGCUGGAAAGUCUGGAUCCUGCAACGCUGCCUGUGCACCGCAUGCUCUCUCGCCUGCUCCUGGCUGAACAGGUGUGUCAGGAGCGGGUGCAGGCAGGUACAUCUCUCCCGUCCGCCUUCCAAUCAGCUCUCUGCCUCAGCCCCUUAUACGGAGCAGCCUCAGAAAAGACCCUCUCCACGUCCCACCACCACAGCCAAGCAGCGUCCGUUGCAGGAGCAGCAGCCUCAGCGGCAGCAGCUAGAGGAUCAGGGGUUAUAGACCUUACCGGUGACGGUAACAGCGAGGGCAGCAGGCCUUUGCGGGUUGGGCAAGGGCAGGGAGGGUUUGGGGGAGCGGGCGGGGCGGGAUGUUUAGGUGUAGGUGCAGGGAUGGGAUGGGAAACAGGAGAUGUGUUGCCUCCGGAUGGUGUGUGGGAGAGUGAGAAGGGGUUUGCAGGCUCGAGACGUUUUAAGUGGGGGACGACAAAGGCGCCCGAAGAAGAGGGGGUUGGUAAGGAAAGGAAGGGAGUGAAGCUGGGAGAGUCGGUAGCAGGAGAGGAAGGCGAAGGGGGUGCGAAAAGGAUGGUCAAUGGGGAAGUGCGUGGUGUGCCUUGCACAGAGAUGGAGGGGCUUGAAGGUCCUGGGGUUUCAACAGAGGAAGAUAAGGAUGGGGCAGCGGGAAUGAGGGCGGUGGGUGGUGCACGGGAGAGAGAGGAAGGAGCACGUGGAAGUGACCCCAUGGGUAAGGCUGUGGGCAAAAGAACUGCAGAUGGAGGUGCAGGGAGCGAGGAGAAGGGAGGCAGAGGAGCAGGUGUGGUUGUGAAGGUGGGAGGUGAUGGAGGGAAGGAGGAUGAAAGUGGGAGUGGCCGGGGUAUAGGGCUUGUGAGGAUGGGUGAGGAAGCAAGGGAGGCUCCGCUUGUGUCUGGGAAUGGGUUGGGAGAGAUGACGAGCGGUGCUGGGUUCGGAGAAGGGAAGGUUGGUCUAGUAGCAGGCGGAGGGACAGAAGGAAAUGAGGGAGACAGGGCGGGAGGGGAUGGGAGAGAGGGAGGAGCGGUGGGGAACGGUGGGGGGGGUGAAGUGGGAGUGGUGUACAGUCUGCAUACAGGGCUUUAUUUGAAGCUGGAUGGAGAGAAAGGGGGAGUGAAGAAAGAGAACAAGGAGGAGGGGACGAUUAAGGUUGCGGGGACAAAGGAGCAGCAAGGGAAUGGAGUUGUGGGGAUGGAUGUGGAUGGAUUGAAGAAUGGGGCAGGUGUGGAGGCAAUGGAAGGGCUUGAAAACGCAGCCGGGAAAGAGAGGGUGGGAGGUGAUUCGGCAGAUGGGAAAGAGGCAGAAGGUGCAAGAUUACUUGUGAAGGAAGAAGAGGAGGUUGAUGUAGAUGAUGGGGACAUGGAUGAUGGGGAGCAACUGGGGAAAGGGAAGGGGGAGAGGGAGAUGGAGAUGGAGGGGAUAGAAAUCAAACACAGUGCGGUUGAAAGGGGUGCGGAGCGGAAGCGUGGCAGAGGGAUGGAAGGCAGGGAGGGAGGAGGUGAAGAGAAGAUGGAAACUGAUGAUGAUGGGGGGGGGGAUGGGGUUGGUGGUGAUGGCAAUGGCACUGCUUUUCCUGAUCACAAGGAUGGUAACGGUUGUGCUGGCGGGGAUAGGGCUUUUGAUCCUGAUGGUGUAGUGGAUUCUGAGCCGACAGAGAGCGAGGCGGAGAAUAACGUUGGGGAUGGGGAACUUUUUGGUGAAGAUCCGGGGAUGGAUGAUGCGAGCGAGGGAGGAGAGAAUGCCAGUGGGGAGCAAAGUACAGAACAGUCAUGGCAGGAGCAUGGGAAGGAUGUGGGUACGGUUGAUGGAAACGCGUGUCUGGGGGAGAGGGUAGAGGGAUCGGCGUGGGAGAGAGAAGAAGAGGAAGGGGUGGAGGAGGAGGAGGAUGAGGAGGUGGAGAUGGAAGGGAAGGAGGUGGGGGAAGAGGAAGUCCCGGAGGGGAUUAGAGAGGAGGGAAUGGGAGAAGAGAAGAGAGAGGGGGAGGGGGGUGGGAUUGAGGACCUGGGGCAGAGUUUAAGGCAAGACGGUAUGAUGGAUGUGGAAUGGGGGACAGGAGAGGCUGACUGGGAGGGGAAAGGAGUGGAAGGGGAGGGAGUGGCAUGGGGUCUGGUUGAAGGUUCCAAAAGGGGGAACGAUGGUGAAGUGGUUGGGGAGGAUGGUGAAGCGGUUGAGAACGAUGGUGAAGCGGUUGAGAAUGAUGGUGAAGCGGUUGAGAACGAUGGUGCGGCGGUUGGGGAGGAUGGGAGUGAUGCGGAUGAUGGGAGUGAUGGUGAUGAUGGGGAUGAUGGGGAUACUGAGGGUGAUGAGGAUGAUGGGGGUGAUAAGGAUCAAGGGGAGCAGGAAGCAGUUGAGGCAAGAAAAGGAGGGUCUUUUGGGAUGGCCGAAACGGGCAGUAUAGAGGGGGGCACUGAUAUUCAUGUUUCUGGUGGGGGAGAAGCAGAGGAAGGGGUGGGGAAAGGGCCUAUUUCUGAGUCGACUCGAAAAGGGCCACCAGAGGAGGGUGAUGAGAAUGAGGGGUUUUUCUCAAGGGAUGCGCAGGAGUUGCAGCAUAUGGAAAGCGAGAGUAGGGUGAGUUUGGGUGACCGGGUGAGUGCAGGGGAGGGCGGGGAGGAGCUGGGGAAGGAACAUGUGAAUGAAGUGGAGGGAGUGGAGGAGGAAGAAGAGGAGGACGAAGAGGAGGAGGAGGACGAGGAGGAUGAGGAGGACGAGGAUGAGGAGGAUGAGGAGGAGGAGGGGGAGGGGGGGAAAGAGGAAAAGGGAGAGGAAGAGGCAGGUGAACAGCAUGAACAGGAUCGUGGGCAGGAGGGGGAGGAGGGGUUUGAGGAUCAUAUGGAUGUCUGUGUUGGGGGAGGGGCGAUGGAGAUGGAUGAAGGAGGAGAGGGAGGGGACGUGAAGAAUCAGGAAGAGGGUAGAAGUGAAGACAGAGAGUCGAGGGAAGAGCAGAGAAGCUAUGCAAGUAUGGAGCAGCUGGGGCUGUUUGGGGGGAGUGAUGAGGGUGGUGUGAUGCGUUACCAUGGGGAGGAGGACGAGGUGGAAGGAAUGGGUGGUGCUGCUGGUGAAGGUGCUGAUGAGAACGGCGGUGAUUAUAGCUACGGGGAGGGGAGGACAGGUGGUGAAGAGUUUGGGUUACGGGAGGGUUAUGAAGGUGGUUUGGGCAGUGGGGGGGGCAUGGGUGAGUUUAUGUUGGAAGGAGGGGAGAUGGGUGAAGAGGUGGGAGGAGAAGGGAAUUUAGGGAGAGAUGGGCUGUGGACUGAGGCGCAUCAUGUGUUGGUGGAAGGGAAGGAGGAGAGGGGGAUGAAACAGGCGCUAGAUGUUCAAACGGUGAGCCCUUGUGAGGAGAGAGUGGAUGAGGAGGAGGAGAAGGGAGGAAGAGAGUGGAUGGAGAUGGAGGAAGGUGGUUGGAGGAAAGGGAUUGAUGGUGAGAAAUUGGGAGGAAAUGGGGGGGUGGAGACCGGCGGUUGUAUUGGAGAGACAGUGGUGGGUUUAGAGAGGCAGGAGGGUGGUAUUUGUGGCAGUGAAAGGAGAAGAGAGAGCGUGUAUGUGGGGAACAAAGGAAAAGUGAUAGAGGAAGGGGGUUCAAAGGAGGAGGAUAGGGAGGAUGAGUGGUGGGAUGGCUGGGGAGAUAGUGCAUGGUGUGACGAGAGCGAGGAAGAGGGUGACGUUUGCUGGAGUGAUGAUGAGGAUUCGGAGAAGGAUGCUAGAAGGGGUACCAGAGGAGAGAGGAUAAUCGCGGAAAGGGCUCUUUCGGGCCGAUCCAGAGGCAAGGGCAAUGGCUCUAGGGCGAAGGCAAAGCGCGCAAGCAGGAGGAAAAGAAGAGUGGAAGAGAAAGGAGCAAAGGCACGGAAAGCUGGGCGUGGUAAUCUGAAAGGCGGUGCCAGCUCUGCGAGAGGUGGUGGGAAGGGUAACAGCGAAAGGGCAGGGGAUGCUGAGAUGACUGAGGUGGAAGGUGCAGGAGUUGUGGCUGUAGGCGGGGGUUUAGAGGGGUUUAAGACAGAGUAUUCCCUUGGUUCGGGCGAUGCUGGUGGGGAUUGCGCUGGGUGGAAAGGCAUUGAAAGUGGUGCAGAUGGUGUUAGUGCGAAGGGAAUGGAGGCUGGGGAUGGUGGUGUUUUGAGGGAGGGACGAGGUGAGAGCUUGCCGGGAGAGGGAAGGGGAAAGGAGUUCGGAGACGAUAUGGAGUGUGGGGGGAAAGGAGGAGGAGCUGCUGGUAUAGAAAAAAAUGUAUUGAAUUUAAGUGGAGAAGAGGAUGAGGAGGAAGAGGAAGAGGAGGAAGAGGAGGAGGAUGAGGAAGAGGAGGAGGAGGAAAAAGAGGAGGAUGAGGAGGACGAGGAAGAGGAGGAGGAAGUGGAGGAGGAAGAGGAGGACGAGGAAGAGGAGGAAGAUAAGGAGGAAAAAGAGGAGGAGGAGAAGGAAAAAGAGGAGGAAAAGGAGGAAGAGAAGAGAGUUGAGGUGAAACAAGAAGAGACGAUGGAGGAGGGGGAGGAGGAGGAUAGUGAGGAGGAUGCAGAGAGUGAGGAGGAUGAGGAGAGUGAGGAGGAGAGUGAGGAGGAUGAGGAGAGUGAGGAGUAUGAGGAGAGCGAGGAGUAUGAGGAGAGCGAGGAGGAGGAGGAGAGUGAGGAGGAGGAAGAAGGGGGGGAGGAGGAGGGGGGGCAGGAGGAAGAGGAGGAGGAGGAGGAAAAGGAGGAGGAGGGGAGGGGGGAAGAGGAGGAAAAAGUGGAGGAGGAAGAGAAAGUUGAUUUAAAAGAGGAGAGGAUGGAAGAGGAGGAGGAGGGGGAGGAGGAGGAAGAGGAGGACGAGAAGGAGGAUGAGGAAGAGGAUGAAGAGGAGGAGGAAAAAGAGGAGGAUGAGGAGGGCGAGGAAGAGGAGGAUGGAGAGGAGGAAGAGGAGGUGGAGGAGGAGGAGGUGGAAGAGGAGGGGGAGGAAGAGGAGGAGGGAGAGGGAGAAGGGGAGGAGACUGAGGGCAGUGCAAGUACUUCAGAUGAUUCCGGCGAGGACAGUGAAUUGGAGAAGGAAGCUCGAACUGCUCUGGACUUUUGGGGGUUCUUGUGGGAUGGGGCGGGGGAUGAAUCGAGUGAGGCAUGGGAUGAGUCUUAUGAUGAUGAUGUUUUGGAAGAGGGGGAGGUGGAAGAGGAGGAGGAAGAAGAAGAGGAGGAAAACGAGGAGGAGGAUGAGGAGGAAGACGGGGAGGAAGGGGAGGAGGAAGAGGAGGGGGAAGGGGAGGAAGAUGAGGAGGAAAAAGAAGAGGAGGAAGAGGAGGAAGGGGAGGAGGAGGUGGAGGAAGGGGAGGAAGAGGAGGAAGGGGAGGAGGAGGUGGAGGAAGGGGAGGAAGAGGAGGAAGGGGAGGAGGAGGUGGAGGAAGGGGAGGAGGCGAAGGAACAGGAGGAGGAAGGGGAGGAGGAGGAGGAAGAGGAGGAAGAGGAGGAGGAUGAGGAAGAGGAGGAUGAGGAAGAGGAGGAAGAGGAGGAGGAGGAGGAGGACGAGGAAGAGGAGGAAGAGGAGGAAGAGGGGGAGGAAGAGGAGAAAGAGGUGGAGGGAGGGGGGGAAGAUGAGGAGGAAAAAGAGGAGGAGGAAAACGAGGAAAAGGAGGAGAAAGAGGGAGUUGAGGUGAAACAGGAAGAGAAGAUGGAUGAGGGGGAGGAGGAGGAGAGUGAGGAGGAUGAGGAGAGUGAGGACGAUGAGGAGAGUGAGGAGGAGGAGGAGAGUGAGGAGGAGGAGGAGGAGAGUGAGGAGGAUGAGGAGAGUGAGGAGGAUGAGGAGAGUGAGGAGAGUGAGGAAGAUGAGGAGAGUGAGGAGGAUGAGAGUGAGGAGGAUGAGGAGAGUGAGGAGGAUGAGGAGAGUGAGGAGGAGGAGAGUGAGGAGGAGGAAGAAAGGGGGGAGGGGGAGGAGGAAGAGGAGGAGGGCGAGGAGGACGAGGAGGAGGAAGGGGAGGAGGAAGAGGAAGGGGAGGAAGAGAAAGAGAGAGUCGAGGUGAAACAGGAAGAGAAGAUGGAGGAGCAGGAGGAGAGUGAGGAGGAUGAGGAGAGUGAGGAGGAUGAGGAGAGUGAGGAGGAUGAGGAGAGUGAGGAGGAUGAGAAGAGUGAGGAGGAUGAGAAGAGUGAGGAGGAUGAGAAGAGUGAGGAGGAUGAGGAGAGUGAGGAGGAGGAGAGUGAGGAGGAUGAGGAGAGUGAGGAGGAUGAGGAGGAUGAGGAGAGUGAGGAGGAUGAGGAGAGUGAGGAGGAGGAGGAGGAGGAGGAGGAGGAGGAGGAGGAGGAGGAGGAGGAGGAGGAGGAGGAGGAGGAGGAGGAGGAGGAGGAGGAGGAGGAGGAGGGGGAGGAGGAAAAAGUGGAGGGGGAAGAGGAGGAGGAAAAAGAGGAGAAAGAGAAUGUUGAGGUAAAAGAGGAGAAGAUGGAGGAGGUGGAGGAGGAGGGGGGUGGGGAGGAGGGAGAGGAGGAGGAGGAGGAGGAGGAGGAGGAGGAGGAGGAGGAGGAGGAGGAGGAGGAGGAGGAGGAGGAGGAGGAGGAGGAGGAGGAGGAGGAGGGGGAGGAGGAGGAGGAGGGGGAGGAGGAAGAGGAGGAGGAGGAAGAGGGGGAGGAAGAGGAGGAGGAGGAGGAGGGAGAGGUGCGAGGGGAGGAAGAGGAGGAUGAAGAAUGGGGUAGCAGAGAGGAAGGAGAAGCAGAUGAGGAAGAUAGUGAGAGUGACUCUGGCGAUAGUGAUAGUAUUGAAGGUUUGGUGGGUGAGGGAGAUGAGAUGGAGGAUACUCUAGCAACGUUGUCUUUUCAAUUCGGAAAAGGGUCUGGGUUUGGGGAAGAGGAAGCAGGAAGUGGGGAGGGAAGAGAUCUGGUGAGUUUGGAGAGUGAGGAUGAAGGGCGAGGGAUAGGGCAUAUGUCUGAUGAUGGGGAGGAAAAGGGUGAGGGAAUGAGAGGGGGAGAGGGUGAGGGUGAAGGAGAGAAUGGAGGGGUGUAUGGGUGGGGGGAUGGGUAUGAGAUUAAAGGGGAGGAUGUGGAUAUGAGAGAGGGAGAGGGGGCCGAGGAAGGGGAAAGUGUGGAGCAGGAACAGGGCGAUGAGAUUGAGGGAGUGGAGAUGGGGCGUUUGGAAGGUGGUUACGGUGAAGGAGAGCAAGAAAUGGAACGGGAGGAGAAUGAGAAUGAGGAGGAAGAAGAGGAGGAAGAAAAGGAGGAAGGGGAGGAGGAGGAUGGUAGCAAUGGGGGGUACAAGCAAGAGGAGGGGAAUAAUGGUGAUGUUUAUGUGGAACAGGGUGCUACUUGCGAAGAAGCGAAUUUAGGUGAGGAGGGAGGGGAGGUUGGACGGGCAGUGGGGUUUGCUUUGAUGCAGGGUCAGGGGAGUGGAGAUAUUGCAAGGUGGCAGGGGCAGAAUGACAUGUUGGUAACGACAGGGUUUGGCGAUGAGGAUCGGAUGAAUGGAGGGAUGCUGGUAGACGCGGGGGUAGGGGGCAGUGGGGGAGGUGAUGUGGAGGAGGAGGGAGAGGAGUUCGGGGACAGCGAGGGGAAGGAGGAGAAGCGAAAGGAAGCGGAGGAGGAAGAGGAGGAUGGUGAUGAUGAUGAGGAUGGAGAGGAAGAGGAAGAAGAGGAGGAGGAUGAUGAUGGGUUGUUAGAUGCUGAACUUGCAGUGGCAAUGGAAGCAGAAGGAAUGGAGGAAGAGGAGCAGUAUGGUGAGGGAACGGGUGCGGGCACGAGUGAACGGAUGGAUGAAGGCAGUGGGAAGAUAAAAGAAUGGGCUGGAGAAGGGGGGAAGAUUGAGAGGGCUGGUGGUGAUGAUGUAGAGGAAGAGGAGUGGAUAAUUGGGGAGGAGUGGAUGUGUGGGGUUAUGGCAGGGCAGUUGGGGAUGAUUCAGGGGGGGAAAGGGAAGGGGGUAGAGGUUUGGGAGGGGAAAGGUGGAGGUGAGGAGGAAGGGAAGAGGGGUGAGGUUGAGGGGGGUGAGUUUGGAAAGGGGGAGGGGUUAAGGGUUUAUGGUGGGACGGGUGCGGAGGAGUGGCGGGUGAAAGGAGAGAAAGGUUUGGUAGAGAGCGGUGGGAAUGAGGGGGAAGGGGAAGAGAGGGAGGAGCAGGAGGAGGAAGAAGAGGAGGAGGAUGGGGGAGAGGAGGGGGGAAGAUUGCAGUGGGACGAAGAGGAAGAGGAUGAUUCAGUCGAGGAUGAGAGUGAGGAGGAGGAGAGUGAGGAGGAAGAGGAGAGUGAGGAGGAGGAGAGUGAGGAGGAUGAGGAGAGUGAGGAGGAUGAUGAAAGUGAGGAGGAGGAAGAGGAGGAGGAGGAGGAGGAGAGUGAGGAGGAGGUGGGGGAGGAGGUGGAAGGGGGGGAGGAGGAAAGUGGGGGAGAGGAAGGGGAAAGACUGCAGUGGGACGAAGAGGGAGAUGAUGAUUCAGAGGAGGAUGAGGAGAGUGAGGAGGAGGAAGAGAGUGAGGAGGAUGAGGAGAGUGAGGAGGAGGAGAGUGAGGAGGAUGAUGAGAGUGAGGAGGAGGAGGAGGACGAAGAGGAGGAGGAUGAAUAUGGGGAGGAGUGGGCAAGAAAAGAGGAAUCGGAUCUUGUGAAAGCAGAGGAGGGAAAAUAUGGAUUGCUAGAGGAGGAAGAGAGAAUGAAGCAGGAGGAGGAGGAAGGGGAGGAUGAAGAAGAAGAGGAAGAGGAGGAAGCUGAGGAGGAUGAUGAGGUGGAAGGGCAGGAGAGUGAAAGCGGGAGUGACGAGGAUGGGGAAGAGGAGGACGAGGGCGAGGAGAGUGGUGGUGAUGAUGACGGAGAGAGUUUGAUGGUACAGUAUGAGCAGGAGGAAGAAGAGGAGGAGGAGCUAGGAAAGUUGGGGGAUUGGACCCUUGUGUGGGGAAGUGAAGAGAGUAGCGAGGACAUUGGUGAGAGUGAGGAGAGUGAGGAAAGCGAGACGGAAGCGGGGGAGGGUGAGGGGAGUGAGGAGAGUGAGGAGAGUGAGGAGAGUGAGGGGAGUGAGGAGAGUGAGGGGAGUGAGGAGAGCGAGGAGAGUGAGGGAAGUGAUCUAUGUGGGAGUGUGUCAGAGGAGCGUAGGGAGAGUGAUCUUGGCAUGGAAAUGCUAUACCAGUCUGAUUCUGAAGAUUCGGAGGCUGGGAUUCUCAACAGAAUAAUGGCAACAGGUGCAAGGGGAGGAAUGGUUAGGGUUGCAACGACUGCCUGUGUUGAUGAUGAGUCUGCUGCUGCUUAUGGCAGCGAAAUCUCAGAAGAGUUUGAAGAGUUAGAGGAGACAGAGGACUCAGAGGAGCUUUAUCUUCCCGGCGAGUGCUCGGAGGACUCUGGGUCCUUCUGCUCUUCCGAUCGAUACUCUUCAGACCGUUACCUGUCGGACCGGGAAUGCGGCCCGUACUCAUACAGUGACGACGAGGACGAGGCCGACGAUGACGACGAACGCUCGUCGGACUGUGAUUCGCUGUCUAGCUAUACUUCCCAAAGUUCUGGUAGUUCUAGAAACGCUAACAGCUUCGGGAGUUUGCGCAUUUUAAGAGAGAGCGAUUCACCCGAUUCCUCACCUGCCCCAACCGCUGCUGACCCCCUCUUACCCUCUCAAGUUAACCGCUUUCCCUCUGUAUCGCAGCCGUCUCAUCCGCAGUAUGCCUCUGUACCAGUUGCAUCUUUCCCUGACGCUUCGCUCGGAAGGCUUGCAGCGCACUCAGCCUCUCUGGCUUCGUCUCUUCCGUCUUCCUCAGGUUCUCUUGGGCCGGACGUCAUAGAGCAAUUCUACUCGCUCCACACCUUCCUCUCUGCAAAGCCUUUUGCCACUAUCGCGCUCGAAGGCGCGGCACUUCCUGGGCAGUCCUUGUUUGGGUCGACUCACAAAAUGCAGGAUUCUGGAAGGGGUUUGGGGAAGCGUCCGAGGGGGGGUGGUGGCACGGGUGGUGCUGCUGCUGCUGCUUCUGCUGCUGCUUCUGCUGCAGUUCCUGCCGCGCCUUCUGCCGCUGCUGCUGCUGCUGCUGCUGCAGGUGCUGGUAGUGUUGGUGCUGGUAUUGCUACCGCAGCACCUAUAGUUGUUGGUGGUGGGGCAGCAUACCCAGGCUCGCGUAAGAGACCUGCCGAAACCAGCAACAGAAGCUGCAGAGGGAAUGACGAUCCUGAUCGCGGCGAUGCUGCUGGUGCUGCUGGUGCUGCUGGUGCUGCUGGUGAGGGUGCGGAGGGUGCAAUCGAGCCCUCCUCGCCCCCCGUCACACUCCACGGCCUCCACUCUGCCUUCUGGCUUCGUCUGCAGUUCCUCUUCCCGCUGCUGCCUAUGGUUCAUGCUGACAGGGACUCCCGGUCAGACCCACCAUCAGCGCGUGCCCCUUUGCCCCGCAACCUGCGUCGCUCCCUCACUCUCACCCUCCUCCACCUCCUCGCCUCCUCCGCCGUCCAAUGCCCGCUCCCUGCUCCCGCUUCCCCAUCUCUCCCACUCAUCUCUCCUCUGCUUGCGCUAACCCGGUCCGGCACUUUCCCGUUGCUCCACCGACCCACUAACAAAGCUGAUGCUUCAAAUGGUGUGGGAUUGAGAGGAGCGCCGUGGCAGCUUCUUAUUCAACAGCACCAGCAGGAGCAGCAGCAGCAGGAGCAGGAAGGAUCUGGAGACUUGUUAUUUGACACACUUCUAUCCAUCUUCUAUGCCCUGCUUACUCCCUCCUGGCCUGUCUGGCUUCGUCCCCCUCUGCACUCCUCCUCUUCCACACUCCCUCUCCCUCCCUCCUCCUCCGCCUCUUCCCCGAUGCACAAGCCUCUCAAAGACGUGGCACCUCUGGACGCUGACCUGCUGGAAACGCUGCAAGCCGGAAUCGGCUCUCUCUUUCCCGACCCUGCUCUCUGGUCCCGCCUGCAAUGCGCCCUCCCCGUCCUCCCCUCACCUCCGCCCCUCACCAUUUCCGCCGCUCCCCCAGACCCCUCUCCUCCUCUCCUCGCGGCAGCUGCUGUCGCAUCAGCAGCAGCAGACGGCACACCUCUAGAACCCGCCAUAAUCCCUACAGCCGUUGCCACUCCCAUCCCUUCCACCGUCUUCUCCCCUCCGCCUUUACAUGUGGCCUUUUCGCCAGCCAGUCUAGGUCUUUCGGCCGCUGCCGCCGCCACAGCUGGUGCUGCUGCUGGUGGUGGCGAGUUUGCGGGUACGUGGGGGGCGGGUGGAGGGGAUGCGGUGGCUGCAGCUCCCAAGGCGGUGGGGUGGCUGAGAGGGGCCGUGCGGCGCAAGCGCAAGGGGAUUCUGUAUGCAGUGGGGCAUGAGGAUGAUGAGAUAAUCCGGUAG